ACAAAAGAAGAGAAGAAAAAAGAAGACAGAGACAAAGGAGAAAAAAAGGAGACCGUGAGCAGCAGGAGAACGGACGUUUGGUCUUCGGUUUAAUCAGCUUAUCAACACAGAGAGACAGUCUGCAGGCCAGGACAGUUUUGUAGAACUACAUGAAGGAGCCACAGGUGAUGGCAACCACCUAAUGGAUGGUUACCAAGUCGGUCCACCAUGUCCCUCAUCUUCCUCGUCCUCCUCGCCCUCCUGCUGGCUUUGGGCCAUAGUCAAUCCGGAGGUCAAUUUGACCUGUGUCGGUCUCUGCGCAGCUCGGAGGCUGGGCCAGGCUGGGAGUUCUACUCCUGUCAACCUCCACCCACCAACAUGAAGGAGGUGAUGCAGAUCAGGGUUGACCCCCCAGGGAUCACCUGUGGAAACCCACCUGAGAGAUUCUGCACACUGGAAAACCCAUACCUGUGCAGUGACGAAUGUGAUGCUUCAAGCCCUGACCUGUCUCACCCUCCUCAGCUAAUGGGAGACAGAGAGAGGGGGGGGCUCAUCACAUAUUGGCAGACAGUCACAUGGUCCAGGUAUCCUGAGCCACUUUUGGCCAACAUCACUUUAUCCUGGAACAAGAGUCUGGAAGUGGUAGAUGACAUCACUGUCACCUUUGAGUAUGGUCGACCUACCAGUAUGGUGCUGGAGAAGUCCAUGGACAAAGGUGUAACGUGGCAGCCUUAUCAGUACUAUGCUGACGACUGUCUGGAGACAUUUGGCAUGUCACCUAAAGGAGUCUCUGAUCUAGCGCCAAGUAACAUAACACGAGUUAUCUGCACUGAGCAGUACUCUCGGUGGGUUGGUGCUAAGGAGGAGAAGGUGGUAAUGUUCGAGGUGCGUGCUCGCUUUGGGGUGUUUGCCGGUCCAAAAUUGAUCAACAUAGAUGCUCUAUAUACACGUAUGGAGACCAUGAAGGGUCUGAGAGAAUUCUUUACGUUUACCAACCUCCGCCUGAGACUCCUACGCCCAGCACUAGGAGGAACCUAUGUUCAGAAAGACAACCUGCUGAAGUACUUCUAUGCCAUCUCCAACAUUGACGUACCUGCCAGGUGUAAGUGUAACCUGCAUGCAUCUCGGUGUGUGUUACGAGAUGCAACACUGCAGUGUGAAUGCGACCACAACACAACAGGACAGGACUGUCAACGCUGCAGCCAAGGAUUCAAGUCUCGAAGCUGGAGACCUGGAUCUUACCUGCCCCUUCCCAAAGGCACCGCUAAUCUCUGUGAAGCAGAAGAAGAAGCAGCCACGGCUGGUGACACUAACACAGCAGCAUCUGCCUCAUCAGAUGGAGUGACUUACACUACUACUACUACCACCACUGGCAGGACCUUAACCACUACUGAGACUAUUGAUUUUUUGACUACUGCAUAUAUUUCUGUACCGCCUGACGGCACGACCAGUGAUAGCAUUUAUUUUACUAAGACCGCUACAAUGGUUGGCACUACUACAUCCACUACUGACCCUAUUUUUAAUUCAGAUAGUACUGGUACUCUUCGUAUGGACACAUGGUCUCCUGAUGCAGUCUAUAUAAGCACAGAAAGUCCUCUUACUAUUAGAGACACAGCCAAUGAUUCUCCUACCACUGACAAACGUAGUAUUACUACUAUAGAAACAAGCACUAGUAGUAGUUUGACAACUUACUUUACUAGAACGAGUGAUACUGACGAGUCUCCCAAAUCUGGUGAAGAAUCUAUGACAGUCAACACCGGUACUACAACUUUCACUAUUGUUAGUAGUAAUCUUAGAACUACAGGCUCUGAUGAAUUUCCAGACUUAAGCAUCACAACAGGACCCACAGUGGACAAAGCUGCAUUCAGCAGUCCUGAGGUGUCUAUUUUUGACACAGUGACUCCACCUGCUGACCCCACUUCCUCAUCAGACAGCAAAGACUCCACCCCUUUUUGGACUGGUACUACCAACCUGAUCACUGGUACAACCUUAUCGGCUGAAGGUACCACAUCAACUGGAAUAACAUCCCUAACAACAGUCCCAGAAAUAACGACACCCAGUGAUAGGGCUCAGUCCACUGCACCAGCUUCAACCAGUCGAACUGGAAAUGCUUCACCUACAGAAGGAACUGAUGGACCAUCUCCUGAUGUUCCUCCUAACACUUUGGCAAAUAUACCAUCUCCUAAUGUACCCCCUUCUGAUGUAUAUUUUCCUGAUGUGCCUUCACCUGAUGGACCUCCUGCUGAUCCCCCUUCUCCAGAUACACUUCUGCCUGAUUUAGCUCCUUCAUGGGUACCUCCUACUGAUGUACCACCACCUGAUGGACCUCCUGCUGAUCCCCCUUCUUCAGAUAUACUUCUGCCUGAUUUAGCUCCUUCAGGGGUACCUCCUACUGAUGUAUCACCACCUGAUGGACCUCUUGAUGAUUUUUCUUCUCCAGAUAUGAUUCUUCCUAAUAUACCUCCUCCUUCUUCAAAUGUACCACCUCCAGCAGUACUUCCUCCAGAUGCACCACCUCUUGCUGUACCUUUUCCUGAUGUAACCUCUCCCACACUACCUCCUCCAGUUGUACUUUCUUCAGAUGUUUCUCCAGAAGUGCCAUCUUCUAGGACUCCAUACUCUUUGAGCGAUACACCCCCUCUAGCUCCUAGUGCUACUUCAGAGUCCUUGCCACCUUCCUCUGAAGGAGGAGGUGAUGCUACAGCAGAAACCAGCUCCAGCACUAUAGAUCAGUCUGACCCUGCUGGUGAUUUGGCUCCUGUGGACUUCACAUUUCCUUUGCUGGAAAAAACUGAUUCAGUUGAAUCUGGACUAGAUUCUGGAUCAGAUGCUGGACAAAUUUCUUCUGGACCAAUGCCUAUUGGUGAUCCUAUUACUGCUCCAGAUGAUUCUGGUAGACCUGCUGAUCCUCCUGGAUCAGAUUUAUUUGACCCUGGACUUGACAUCUUAGCAGGUCCAGACACAGAGGAAAGACAAAAGAGUGGACUGGAAUCAAAAGAUUCACCUGUGACAGAUUUGGAAUAUAAGCCAGAGUCUCCAGCAGUAGAUGAUCCUGGAGUAGAUGUGUCUCCCUCAGAAGAACAGAAGGAAGGAACAUCUGGAACGAAUUCACUUGCUGGGGAACUCUCAGAAGGUUCAGAAUCAAAUGUAAAGGCAGACAAUAAAGGAGAGAAGACAGGGGGGCAGAAAGAGGAUAAAGCUUCCAAAGAGGAAACAACAGAGGAAAAAAAGAAGGAAACUAAAGAGAAAACACGAAAUGAGGAACAGAAGGAGAAAGGCUAUGAGAAAAAAGCAACCCAGAAGAUUCUGAUUCCAGGAGGACCAAAGUUCAGUCAACUCUCCAAAAUUGCCUACAUCAACUUUCAGGACUGUGAGUGUAACGGACACUCCAACCGCUGCAGUUACAUCGACUUCAUCAACGUAGUCACGUGUGUGAGCUGUAAACACAACACGCGAGGACAGAACUGUCAGUACUGUCGCCUUGGUUACUAUAGAAAUGCCUCACUGUCGCUAGAUGAUGACAAUGUCUGUGUGGAGUGCGGAUGUGAUGCUGACGGCAGUGCUUCUCCUCACUGCUCUGACUCUGGUCUCUGUCAGUGUAAAGAUGGAGCCACAGGGAGGCGCUGUGACUCAUGUUUAAGUGGAUAUACCUGGAGAGGGGGUGGGGCCAGCUGCACAGUGAACAUCUGUGAUGAGGAGCGUUUGAUUUGCCAGAAUGGUGGAAGCUGCAUUGACUCCCAGCGUUGUGCCUGCCUGAAUAACUUCACAGGUCCACUCUGCGAGCAGCCCGUUUGUCUCAAGAAGGGUGGUUGCCUCAACAAUGCUGCCUUUCUUAUCUCACACCUUUAUGUGCUAACCCUAAGUCUGAUCACCUCUACCUUGUGCUGACCCGGCCCACGGACCUGGAUCUAUGUCACACAAUGUCUUUGAAUGGUUACUUUCUGAUUAUUGUUUAUUUAUUUAUUUUUUACCAAAGUGUUGGAAGAUGAUGUGACAUUAUAGUCAUAGUAUUCUGAUGUCAAGAUCAAGCCAUCCCCUCCACAUCAACCUGACUCAUAUACUGUGGCGCUUAAAGCUGUUCCUGUUCCCAAAAACUGAUGUUAGUAACCAUGGAGACAGACAGACAGACCGACAGACAGACUGUAUUUCAUGUAUGUUUUAGAUGUGAAGGUCAAUUAAUCUUGACUCAACACCUGAAAAUAAAGACAUGAAUUGAUAAA